AUGAAAAGGGUAGCAUUGAAAGUCCAAAGAGGCUCUAAAAAUUCAGCCUCUGUCUGUCAAUUAUGUCAAUUUUCGACUGCGACACCGCAGCGCCUGCCUUUGGCUCGACUGCUUGCAUCGACUCGAACGCGAUCUUCGCCCAACCCUCCUGCUCUACAAAAACAGUACACCAAAUCCCCUCUAUACUAUCCCACCCUAAGCUCCCGCUCAUUCGCAACCAAACUUCCCAAUGCUGGCUCAGCUAUUCAGCUAGUCGAACAAGAGGCUUCGACUAUUCAGACGACAGACCGUGUACCAUCCAAUGAAGUCGUGGUGGAACUUCUCCAAAAAUGCCAGAAAAUAGCCCAGUCCCUUGUAUCCCAGGAGCACGAUCAAACAGAGGAUUCCCCCGACGAGGGAAAUGCGAUCUCCUCACUACUGGACAUGGAGGAGAAACGAGGCGCGAAGCAAAUACCGCAAGGCAAUUCGUCCCCAAACUUCGACCCUCGAUUAGCAGACACCAUCUCCCAAAUCGCGACCGAUCUCGUAAAAGAUGAGAAAGUCUUCAUCUCACCAGAGGUCCUAGAGAGCUACACAAAGAUCCAAACCAUCCUCCAGCGCACAGAGCACUUCCCCGAGAUCUUCCACCUAUUCGCCAACAAGCCCGUACCAGAGGAAAACAGCUCCCCCGUCAAAUUCCUCAAGGCGAACCCCAAGAGCGUCAACAGUGCUAUUCCUGCCGAAUUAGCCAACAUGGCUUUAGACGUUGCCAUUGCUCAGAAGAACCUCUCGCUCGUGCUAGCAAUUAUCGACAACACUUUCUGUGCGCCUGCUUUCCAUCGUGCAAAGGUCUUCAAGAAAGCCGGUGUCCCCUUGGCUGGUCUUGCUGGUACCCCGGCUGCAUGCUAUGCCCUUGCGUCGUGGGCUUCUAGUUUCCAAAAUACCAUGGAUCCUAGCACUGCGACUGGGAUUGCAUUUGCAGCGUCUCUGGCUUACGUUGCGGGUACAUCAUCCCUUGGAAUUGUGGCUAUUACUACGGCUAAUGAUCAAAUGGAGCGUGUGGUCUGGUUGCCUGGUAUUCCCUUGCGGCAGCGAUGGCUGCGGGAGGAGGAGCGGGCUGCUAUGGAUAAGGUUGCUGUUGCGUGGGGAUUUAAGGAUCCGUAUAUGCGCGGCGAGGAAGUUGGUGAGGAGUGGGAGAGUUUGCGGGAGUUUAUUGGUAUGCGCGGUAUGAUUUUGGAUAAGACAGAAUUGAUGGCGGGCAUGGAAUAA